AUGACGAUGUUUGACUCGGAGGUGGCGGCAGUGGCUGAGAGGCUGGCGGGGCGCGAGGGGCGGGGCAUCCUGGCCGCGGACGAGAGCACGGGGACGAUUGGGAAGCGGUUCGUCGCCGUGGGCGUCGAGAACACGGAGGACAACCGGAGGAAGUACAGGGAGCUCUUCUGCACCGCGGACGUCGGGGACUUCUUCUCCGGGGUCAUCCUUUUCAAGGAGACUCUGUAUCAGUCGGCCUCCGACGGAGUGCCGCUCGUGCAACACCUUGCGCGGAGAGGGAUCGCUGCCGGCAUCAAGGUCGACGAGGGCCUCGAGCCCGUCGAGGGCGGCCGCGAGGGCGAAACGCACACGAAGGGCCUGGCCGGACUGUACGAACGCUGCGUCGAGUACAAGAAAGCCGGUGCCAGCUUUGCAAAGUGGCGCGCAGCGCUCAAGGUGUCCCCGACGGACCUCCCGAGCGAGGUCGCGGUCGAGACGAACGCGGCCGAGCUUGCCGAGUACGCUGCGAUCUGCCAGCGCGCCGGCCUGUGCCCCAUCGUCGAGCCGGAAAUCCUCCUUGACGGCGACCACUCCAUCGACCGCUUCGAGGAGGUCACGACGCGCGUCGUGCAGGCCGUCACGCGCGCCCUGUGGCGCCACAACGUCGCGCUCGAGGGCAGCCUCCUCAAGCCGCAGAUGGUGACGCCAGGCGCGGACUGGCCUGGGGCGAAGCCGGCGCCCGAGGAGGUUGCAGAGCGCACGCUGCGGGCGCUGCGGCGGUCGCUGCCGGCCGCGGUGCCGGGCGUGAUGUUCCUGUCGGGCGGGCAGACGGAGGAGGAGGCGACGGCGAAUUUGAACGCGAUCAACGUUGCGCGGCGCGCGGAGGGGUCGCGGGCGCCGUGGGGGUGCUCGUUCAGCUUCGGGCGGGCGCUGCAGGCGUCGGUGCUGAAGAUCUGGUCGGCGGACAUGGCGGCGACGGACGAGGCGCAGCGGAUGGCGGCGGCGCUCGCGCGGGCCAACGCGGCGGCGGUGCGGGGGGAGUGGGACGGAACACACCCCUCCCUGCUCGGCGGGAAGGCGCUGACGGAGACCUUCCGCGGACACACGUCGCACAAGCCGUGA